UUGUAUGCUUCUUACUUCUAUUACGUCGAUACUCAUUUCAUGUCUCAUAGUACGUACCUAUGAAAUAACGUCUUCUUUUACAAUACCUAUUUCUGUGUGGUGUCAACAACCUAUUUUUUUUGUCUGUGUUACAGUGUUUUUAACGACUAAAUUUCAUAUCUCGGUCAUCUGUAUUUCAAAAAAUACAAGGAUGAUGCGACAUUCAUCUAUUUUACUGAUAAUAUUGAUCGCAUAUUUAGCAUAUUGUUUUGGAGUAAUGAUCCCUUAUGAAAAUAAUACUGCUAUCUAUUACUCCGCAAAAGAGAACAUCUCCAUUGCUUGUACUGGUACAGAUAAAGACGAAGUCACAUGGAUGCAUGCUAAUAUAUUGAAAGGCAAAUUCAACGUAGUAGCGGAGACCCCAUACAGAAAAGUCCUUCAAAUAAGAAACGCUUCAGUUUUUCAUGCUGGGAGAUACUACUGCGUUUCAACAAACAACAUAAAUAAGUUCAUGAUGAUUUUCAUUUUGCCUGAUGCUUCCUGUUUCCCAGAUAACGGAGCCCACAGGAGUUACACACUAUCAGUUUCAAACUCUGGGGAACAGAAAAUUCGUGUGUCAGAACGUGAUUAUUCUUAUUCAAAUGAUGAAUGAGGAAAAUGAUCUUGAAUAAACAACUUCAAUAUAAUCAAAAACUAUGA